UUCAAUACGUCUGAAAAUUUUUUGAUUUGAUCUCUGCAUUUCACAUUUCCUUGGUUACCUCCAAAUGGGUUUUCUUCAAUCUCUCAUCCUUCUCUGUAUUCUUUCCUUGAUUUCUUCCUCUUCUGUUAUUCUUGCUCAGCAACCUUACGUGGGUCAGGCAAAUCUGGAUUGCGGAAACACAGAUAAUUCAACUUCUGUUUUUGGUUACUCCUGCAAUGGCGUCAACACAACUUGCCAGUCUUACCUCAUCUUCAGAUCUCAGCCCCCAUAUUACACAGUUCCUUCAAUCGCUGCCCUCUUUGGCUCCGACGCAUCUCAGCUCGCUCAGAUCAAUUCAGUCUCCAAGACUGCAACUUUCGAAACAAACAAGGAGGUGAUCGUUCCCGUCAAUUGUUCCUGUUCUGGUCAGUAUUAUCAGGCAAACACUUCUUAUAUUGUUGAAUCCUCUGAUACUUAUUUCUUGAUCGCUAACAACACUUUCCAAGGUCUUUCCACCUGUCAAGCUAUCCAGAAUCAAUCCAAUACCUUGGCUAAGUUCAUCUAUGCUGGCCAAAGGAUUACUAUACCCCUUCGGUGUGCUUGUCCCACCAAGAAUCAAAGUGAUGCUAGCAUCAAAUAUCUACUCAGUUACACAACCACUUGGGGUGAUACUGUUUCUUCUAUUAGUGUCCAGUUUGGAGCUGAUAUUAUGGAGACCCUUGGGGCUAAUGAGCUUUCUGAGACAGCACCCAACAUUAACCCAUUCACAACCCUCCUUGUUCCUUUACAGAAUCCACCAUCCAGUACUCAAACACUAACCCCACCUCCUCCGCCGCCUUCUCCUCCUCCUCCUCCUUCCUCUGCAUCACCAAGUAAAGGGUCAAAUAAAACAUGGGUCUAUAUCGUUAUUGCAGUUGCAGCAAUGAUUGGUAUCAUGUUGGUUGUCUUUCUCAUAGCUUUCUUUUUGUUCUUCCGUAAACGGAGGAGGAGCGAUGCUGAUCCUAAUAUGCUCAUCUCGAAGAGGAGCAAGGACGAUGCAAUUCUCAUCUCAGAUUCUACCUUUGAGUCAUAUCAGAAACCACCACUUGACAAGAAGUCAGAGGACGUAUCUCUUGAGUUCCUUGCAGGUAUUGCUGAUAUUGCUCAAUCCAUUAAAGUGUAUAAAUUUGAAGAAUUGCAAUUGGCAACCGAAAAUUUCAGCCCCAAAUGCUGGAUCAAUGGAUCUGUCUACCGUGGAACAAUUAAUGGGGAUCUAGCUGCUAUUAAAAAGAUCAAUGGGGAUGUGUCCAAAGAAAUAAAUUUACUCUCCAAGAUCAGCCAUAUCAAUAUUAUUAGGCUCUCGGGUAUUUGUUUCAGUGAGGGGAAUUGGUAUUUUGUUUAUGAGUAUGCCAUGAAUGGACCUCUGAGUUACUGGAUCCGUGGCAACAUGAGCAGGCCAAAGGUUUUAAGCUGGACACAGAGGGUACAGAUUGCAUUGGAUGUGGCCAUGGGUCUUAAUUAUCUCCACAGCUAUACCAACCCUUCCCAUGUCCACAAGGAUAUAAAAAGCAGCAAUAUUCUUCUGGACAGUGAUUUCAGGGCUAAGAUAGCCAAUUUUGGUCUGGCAAGGUCUACAGAAGGGAAUGAAGGUGAUUUCGCAUUGACGAAGCACAUCGUUGGGACAAAAGGUUACAUGGCACCCGAGUAUUUGGAGAAUGGCUUGGUCUCUCCGAAGCUGGAUGUUUACUCAUUUGGGGUUAUGAUGCUAGAACUAAUUAGCGGAAAAGACGUUGUUUCAUCUCAAGCGGAAGAUUUGUACUUACUUGAUGUGUUAAUAGCAAUACUCCAUGAGGAAAAUGCAGAAGAAAAGCUAGGAGGAUUCAUAGAUCCUUCUCUAGAAGCAAGUUAUCCUUUGGACCUGGCUUUGUCUCUGGCUAGACUAACAGAGAGCUGCUUGAGGAAGGAUCCAGCCAGUCGACCAGGAAUGGAUGAGAUCGUGCAGUUCCUCUCAGGAAUCGUGGAUACUUCACUAACUUGGGAAUCAUCUCUCAUGGGCUCCCAAAUUUUCAGCAGCUCAUAGUGACUUUAACUGAAAGUGAUGAACUUCAAUGCAAGGUGUGACCCUGUGGAGCACUGUAUAUCAGUUCAAGCUGAGAACCUUUGAGAUGCAUCAUCAAAGAAGCACUUUGAGAACUAUAGGGACUGGAAGUUUUUUGAUGAUGCUGUAAAUUGCCAACUCUGUUUAUCCCUACAAAAGAGCUGAAUGUAUUGAAUGAAGACAAACAAGUGGACAAGGGCAGCAAAAGAACCUUGUAUUUGUUUUUGUAUGUGAUAAUAACUUGUAGUUGCAAUAUGGUCUGAGAAAAGGCCAAAGUUAUUCCAUUUGAGAUUUCAUCAUGUAUUCAUGUUCUCUUCCAUUAGUUCCUUUCGGAGAGUGUUUAGUGUAGAGAACACUAUUACAUUACUGUUGGCCAGCAUUAAUACUCUUCUCAAUCUGCUGGUAGUAGGAGUUGUCGACGGUGUUCAUACUUG